GGGCCCCGAGGACGGCGCCGACUUCACGGCCACCAGCGGCUCCAGCGCCAUCGUCACCCUGGGGGGCGACGAGGCCCCCUUCUCCGACGUGACGCUCAGUACGGCCAAGGAGACCGGCCACCCGGCCCGGCCCCCGCCCGGCCCCGAAGCCCACGGCGGCAAGACCGCGGGAUCGGGAGCGGUGGGCAACUUCUUCACCAGGAAUUUGUUUGCUAGGAAACAAAACGCAAGACUUGACAGACAGAAUGACUUGGGCUGGAAGUUAUUCGGAAAAGUCCCCCUCCGAGAGAAUUCCCAGAAAGAUUCGAAGAAAAUACAAAAGGAAUAUGAAGAAAGAGCUGGCCGCUCUCACAAGCCCCUGUCCCCGAAGCAGAACGUGAGGAGGAACCUGGAUUUUGAACCCCUCUCCACCACCGCCCUCAUCCUCGAAGACAGACCAGCAAACCUCCCUGCCAAACCCGCAGAAGAAGCUCAGAAACACAGGCAGCAGUACGAAGAAAUGGUGGUGCAGGCCAAAAAACGAGAGCUCAAGGAAGCCCAGAGGAGGAAAAAGCAACUGGAAGAAAGAUGUAAACUGGAAGAAAGCAUCGGAAACGCCGUCCUGACUUGGAACAACGAAAUCCUCCCCAACUGGGAAGCGAUGUGCUGCUCCCGGAAAGUGCGGGAUCUGUGGUGGCAGGGCAUCCCGCCCAGCGUCCGAGGCCGAGUCUGGAGCCUGGCCAUAGGAAACGAGCUCAAUAUCACCCACGAACUCUACGAUAUCUGCUUAGCUCGAGCCAAAGAGAGAUGGCGAUCCCUCAGCUCUGGAACCACGGAAUUGGAGAACGAAGACGCGGGGGUUUCGGCAGCGGACCGGGAAGCCAGCCUGGAGCUCAUCAAACUGGACAUUUCCCGCACGUUUCCGAAUCUCUGCAUCUUUCAGCAAGGCGGUCCGUACCAUGACAUGUUGCACAGUAUUUUGGGCGCAUACACGUGUUACAGACCAGAUGUCGGUUAUGUUCAAGGCAUGUCAUUCAUAGCAGCCGUGCUCAUUUUGAACUUGGAUUCUGCCGACGCCUUCAUCGCAUUUUCCAACCUUUUGAAUAAACCCUGUCAGAUGGCGUUUUUCCGAGUGGAUCAUGGCCUUAUGUUGACUUACUUUGCGGCAUUUGAGGUAUUCUUCGAAGAAAAUCUGCCGAGGUUAUUUGCCCAUUUCAAGAAAAAUAACCUGACUCCAGAUAUCUACCUAAUUGAUUGGAUCUUCACUUUGUACAGCAAGUCUCUGCCGCUGGACCUGGCCUGCCGGGUUUGGGAUGUGUUCUGCCGGGACGGGGAAGAGUUUCUGUUCCGGACGGCCCUGGGAAUCCUGAAACUCUUCGAAGACAUCUUGACGAAAAUGGACUUUAUCCACAUAGCCCAGUUCCUCACGAAGCUGCCGGAGGACUUGCCUGCCGAAGAAUUCUUUACGUCUAUCGCGGCGAUUCAGAUGCAGAGUAGAAACAAAAAAUGGGCUCAGGUCCUGACUGCGCUGCAGAAAGACAACCGGGAAAUGGAACGAGGAAGCCCCGCUCCCAAACACUGAAACCACCCUCGUCCCCGCCAGCCGGAUCGCGGGGCCUGGAAACGGAGGGCAGGGCUUCCAGAUCGGGGCUCGGGCGGGGAGUCUGGAUGAAACCACUGGAGACGGCCGUAAGGAACCCGGACCAAAAAAAAAAAGAAAGAAAAAAUCCAGCCAAGGCUUAGCCUUAAACUCGGCGGGACCAUUGACACGCUGUGUGUUGUCCUGCCGUUACACUUUCUGCGAAAGGGCAGUGAAGCUAGGCGAUUUCCCUCUCGGUUUCAGCACAAGCCAACGAAAUAGUCCGGCGGCGGGGGUGAGGGGAGCGAAGCGGGGGGUGGCUGUCGAUGUCAGUUGCUUAAAGGUAAUUUUCAGUCCCAUCUCCGUUCCGGGGCAGAAGAAACGCGAGUCGCGGGAUCCGUAUCGGAUGACUUCGGUCCGGGUGCUCGCCCAACGCUGGGAUCGGGUUCACUUAGCGACCUCCUUCAUCCGCCUUUGGUUUUAAAAAAACAAAAAAGCUAGAGGCAGGAUUUAAGAGCACUCAUCAGAGAUGCUACGGGGCAAAAAUGUGGCUAUGUAUAUGAUGAGACGGAAAGUCGGAGCGCUGCGGGUUUAAAACCACUUAAACAUCAACAGGACAGAAUGUCAAGCUGCCUUCCAAGUUGCCUUGCCGCAGUUUUUCAGCUCAGAGCAUCCCGCUGAAAAUCCUAGUCUCCGAUAUUAUUAGUCAUUUGUUUGUUCGUUUUUCAUGAAGAUCCUCUCACCUCUCCUUAACCGACCAGUGGCUAGAUCCUUUCAGAGCAUCAUCGUUGAAUCAUCAGCCCAGGCUGCCCGGCGUGGACACGAAGAUGAGGUGAACGAAAGCCGACGGGCAGGCGGGCUCGGUGUCAAGCCGCAAGAUCCGGUGGUGACCUCAUCGGCUCCCCCGCGAAAGGAUCGUCACCAGUGGCUUUUGGGCGCUAUGUGCAGAGCACUGCACUGAGUGCUUCAGAGACUACCACAAAAAUGUGGCCCAACAUGCUCUCAAAGUCCACUGGUGCCGGUGAAGCGACACGCAGCUCGUCGCGCUAAACCGUAGUGGUCCGACGGCUUCGGAAGGCGUCCCGGUGAGCUCCGGGAUGUCGAGGCAUUAAGAACCUCGGUUAUUGGAGCGGUGUAGAAAACGAUCCAUUAUUGCCCACAGGGAGCCAAUGUAAAAAUAGGUGCGCACGUGACGUGCCGAUCUCAGCCCGGAUCCCAGGCGAUUAUCCACUACCUUUUUUUCCUGACAUUCCGACCGUUUCGGCCACCUGGAAGGGCCGUAUCCCACCCCACGACCUCGACAUUUGAACGUCUCCGGAUCCUGUCCGUCGCAAGAUCGACCUCCCUCCCCCGUCCCGCCCCGGGAGAACAGCUUUGCCAGUCCCCCGACCCCGGCCCCACCGCCGUAAGCCUGGGAACUCCUGUUUCCGGUGACGAUCCUCUCCUCCAACACAACGGGAAGUGGCACCCGGGCCCGAGAGGAUCCGACUCCUCAAGCCUGCCCCCCAAAAAGCGGGUCGCUCAGUCAACUGACGCUUCAUCCUCAAGUGCAAUAGGAAAUCGGACGGUCGACCGUUCACCCGUGAAUACGUUGAUUUCUCUUGUGUCCCGCCCCCCGCCCCAAGUCCGCCUGGACGCUCACACUACAUGUGGCUUGUGACUUUUCUAGAAACCAUUAGCCUUCGGGGAUGUUCCACCGGGCAACACUAGAGCAAACUCCAUCAGGCCUUUCUCCUCCGCCCCGGGCCUCCAAACGCCCUCUUGCCCGUCCGUCCGCCGAGGCAUCUCUCCCUCCCCCGGGCUCCCCUCUCCGAAGCAGAGACGUUGAAUGUACCCAGUGGCCGCAGCACUUGUGCCCACCUCCCAGCGGCCGACGGCAAUUUGUUUUCCUCCUCCCGUGACUUCGGAUUUCUGUUCCUUUGAGAUGUAUAUAUUUUCUAUCCUUCCUCUGUGUAACUAGAGGUCCGUUUCUUACGUCAUGAAGAAAAGCAAUGCAAUAACGAGCUCUGCACAACCCGAGGCGAAAGCGGCGCCGACGCAACCGUGGGGGAAACCCUAAAUCGACCCAUGGGAAACGUUCUCCCCGCGGGAUGGAAUCGUCUUCGUGUCAUCCCGGCCUGUGGAGCGUGGAUCUUCAAGGGCGGCGCGCUCCAAAACCUUCUCACGUCCGUUCCGUUCAAAAUGGCACACGUGACGAUUCAGGGACCACUGUGUGGUGUGUGUGUUUUUUUGUUUUUUCGUCGUCGUCGUCGCCAUCGUCUGCCAGCUUGAUUUGCCCUGUUCCAGUCGUUUGGAAGGUUCCGGGACCAUCCCCCGCCAAUGCACGGGAGCGACAGACACCUGUUCCGGGAGGAGGGAGAGAGAGCUCGGCUCCUUCGCCGGUUGCCGGAAGCGAAUGGAAGUCGGCCCGCCUCCGACGCCUGGGACCCUGCCCUGACACACGACUCCAUUACAGAAUCUGAGACUUCCGAGUUAGGGAUUUUGUGCAAACGGCACUUUAUAUUGAAAAACUAACUGCAUCUCCGGUCGAUAGGCUUGAACUUCUCAUCGCGUGAACUCGUUCGUUUGGAAAGGUACUUUAUAAACGGCUUCUAUUUUUUGAAUGUUUUACAUACUAGAAUCGCAUAGAGGAUUAUCGAAACACUUACUGCGGAUCGUGAUUUAAUUUGUACAGUUUAUCCAUCGGUUCCCUUUAAUUUGGUAAGUGUGUCAAACGAGAACUUUUUGAAUUGUAAAUAUGAUUUUAUUAAAUAAAAGUCAUGUAAAGUU